AGGCCUGAGGGUGGUGAGGAGGUAGGCUAAGGGCAGGGAGUGUCUGAGGCCUGGGGAGCUGGGAAAGGGCAGGGCUGUGGGGAAGGGAGGCCUCUGGUGCCCAGCUGGGAGCUGGGGGUGUUACCAUGGAAGGCCUCUCCCUGCUGGAGGCUCGAGAAGGGGCACCUCGGGGUGGGGCUAGAGUGCCAGAUACAGGAGCUCCAGCAUUCCUGUGACCAUGCGCUGCCAAAGGCACUGUCCUCAGGCAGGCUCUGUGGGGCACCUUGAGCUUCCCAAGCCAGAGAGCAGCCUGGUGUCACCUGCCACUGCUGCUGCCAGCCCUGCAGGACCCUGCCACUGGGGACCCCCGUGGCCCUGCGCCCCACCCAUCUGGCUCCCUCCUGGCCUUGGCAUCCUGUCAUGAUGCCGACCAGCCUGGGCCUUGGGGACCCGGCUCCUCGGAAGGGAGAGGAGCGGGUCCGGGCCUGCGCUAGAGCCAGUGAAGAAGUUGAGGGGACAGAGAGUGGCUCAGCUCUGUGCAGGCAGGCUAGUCAGGUCUCCAGAGGGGCCACUCAAGAGAGCGGUCUAGGGCUCUGCGGACGCGAGGGCGGGGCCCGGGCCUGGCCUGUCCAGGCCUUGAAGCAGGUGUGGGUGUGGAGGUGCUGACUCUCCAGGGCGCUUCCCACAGCACCGCCGCCUGCCGAGGUAUUUGGCCAGACCAGCUCUUCUGGCUCCCCUGCCCAGGCUGGGCAGUGCCCCUGAGUUGCUGGGUGACAGUGAUGGUGGGAAUUUAGGGCAGAGGCCCAGUCAGGCCAUCCCUGGGGGACAGGUGGUUGGAGGAAGAUACAGACACACAGACACACAACAGAACAUACACUGGCCCCAGGUACCCACGGGUCACCACUUCUCAGCUCUGCACUUCCUUGGUGCCGGGACCCAGAGCACCUCCCCCCUCCAGCGAUGGCGGUCACCUGCAAGGACACCUGAAGGCACAGACAGGGCAGCUCCUCUUGCCUCUGGCUCCACCCCAGGGCUGCCCCGAGCUCAGAGGUGUGGGCAGCUCUCUGAAUUACCCCCAUUCCCAGAAUGGCUGGGUCGGAAUGCAGAGGGGACAGCCCAGGCCCAGCCUGGGCUGAAUCAGGUGAAGCCUCAGCUCAGGGCUAGGCCCAGCGUUCUGGACCCUGCCAGGGUCUCUUCAGGGCUGUCCACACCUUCCCCAAGGUCUGCCUAGAGGAGGCAGAGAUCACGGACAAGGACCCUUCUCUCCCCUUGCAGACCCACUGUCUCCCAGGGACCUUCCCUCUUCCCCAGGGCCUGGGGGCAGAGUCAGACCCCAGGCGCUCAGUCUUCUCACCCCAGAUGCUGGCCACUCACCUCCAGCAGCCCAGGCAGGAGGGCCUUUCAUAAGCCCCCAGCAGGCACCACUCCUGGGGACACCUCUGUGUGGCUCCCCAACCCCCACCCCCAUGCAUACACACACACACGCACGCACGCACGCGCCACCACGCCUGUUCUUGGUCCCGCCUGCCUGGGACAUGCUUCUAGGUCAGGCCUGGGCAUGACUUCCUGGGAGGACUGGUGGCAGGUGCUACAGGCUGGGCCUGGCUGAGAGGCUCAGCGUGUGUGGCAGCCAUGGCUGGGGGCAUGUGGGGCCGGCCCCGGGGGGCCCCUGUGGGGGCUCUAACCUUGACAGCUCUGGCCGAAGGGAUCCGGGCCAGGCAGGGGCAGCCCCCGGGACCCCCUUCCACAAGCCCUCAACCUGAAUCUGAGCUUGAAUCUGAAGUGGAGCCCCAGAGGGCAGCAGCCAGCCCCACAGCUGGCAGUGAGCCCUUUUCCCGGCCCCCGGCCCAGGAGCCAGCCCCAGCGAUACCCCAUCAGACUCCCCAGAGUUCCUGGGAGGAUGGGGCCCUUGAAGACCUGGCGUUGUACGCAGCUGCCUGCCUGGAAGAUGCUGGUUUUGCGGGGACCCAGGCAACAGCCCUCACUCUGUCCUCAGUCCUGGAGGCCCAGGGGGAGCAGUUGGAGGACCAGGUUCGUGGUCUGGUGCGUGGGCUGCUGGCACAGGUGCCCGGCCUGGCAGAGGGGAGGCGCCGGCGGGCAGUCCUGCGGGUGCUGAGCGCACUUGCCCUGGAGCAUCCUCGGGACGUGGUGUGUGCACUGCUGCCAUGCUCGCUGCGCCCGGACGGGGCGGCGGCCGAGCUGUGGCGCAGCCUGAGCCGGAACCAGCGGGUGAAUGGGCAGGUGCUGGUGCAGCUGCUCUGGGCGCUCAAGGGCACGGCCGGACCCCAGCCGGAGGCUCUGGCGGCCACUCGUGCCCUUCGGGAGAUGCUGGCCGUGUCCGGCUGCGUGGGGGCCACACGGGGCUUCUACCCGCACCUCCUCCUUGUUCUGGUCACACAGCUACAUGAGAUGGCCCGGGGCACGUGCUCCCCUGACACUCCCAAGGUCUGGGCCCCAUCCUACCAAGGGCCACCACACAGCCACGCCAGCUGCACCGUGGAGGCCUUGAAGGCCCUGCUCACUGGUGACGGCAGCCGCAUGGUGGUCACGUGCAUGGAGCAGGCUGGUGGCUGGAGAAGACUGGUGGGAGCCCAUACGCACCUGGAGGGUGUACUGCUGCUGGCCAGUGCCAUGGUGGCCCAUGCCGACCACCACCUGCGAGGCCUGUUCGCAGACCUGCUGCCCCGGCUGCACAGCACGGACGAUGCCCAGCGCCUCACAGCUAUGGCCUUCUUCACUGGGGUGAGCUUGCCCCCAAGAGGGGUGGUUGGUGUGACUGGGGACUCAUCCCCUGUGCAGCCCGGCCUGACCGGCAUCGCCAGCGCGCUGACUGACCCUGUGUGCUCCGCCCAGCUGCUACAGAGCCAGCCCACCGCCCGGCUCCUGCGGGAGGAGGUCAUCCUGAAGCGGCUCUGCACCUGGCAGGGCAACCCCGAGCCCACCGUGCGCUGGCUGGGCCUGCUGGGCCUUGGCCACCUGGCGCUGAACCGCCGGAAGGUGCGUCACAUGAGCACACUGCUGCCCGCGCUCCUGGGCACCCUGGGCGAGGGUGACACACGGCUCGUGGGCACUGCGCUGGGGGUGCUGCGGAGGGUUCUGCUGCGGCCGCAGGCGCCAGUGCGCCUCCUGAGCGCAGAGCUGGGGCCACGUCUCCCACCGCUUCUGGAUGACGCCCGCGACUCAGUCCGCGCCUCUGCGGUCGGGCUCCUCGGGACGCUGGUGCGGAGGGCCCGGGGCAGGCUGUGGGUGGGGCCCCGAGGCCCCCUGCGCAAGCUGGUGCUGCAGAGUCUCGUGCCGCUGCUGUUGCGCCUGCAUGAUCCCAGCCGGGACACUGCUGAGAGCUCAGAGUGGACCCUGGCCCGCUGUGACCAGGCCCUGCGCUGGGGCCUGCUGGAGGAGAUGGUCGCUGUGGCCCACUACAACAGCCCUGAGGCCCUAAGCCAGAUCUGCCAGCGCCUGGUUCAGUGGUACCCAAGCCACGUGCCCAGCUUCCUGAGCCAGACCCAGGGCUACCUGCGGAGCCCACAGGACCGCCUGCGCCGGGCAGCUGCCGUGCUCAUAGGCUUCUUGGUCCAUCACUCGAGCCUCAGCUGCAUCAACCAGGACCUACUGGACUCCCUAUUCCAGGACUUGGGGCAGCUGCAGAGUGACCCUGAGCCCUCUGUGGUGGCAGCAGCACAAGUGUCCUGCCAGCAGGUGGCACUACUGGCCCGAACACAGCACUGUCCCCACUGCUGGCGCCUCCUUGGCCUCCUGCGCCUACCCCACCUUGGCCAGCACCACGCCCACCCUGCCCAGCUCCCACCAGUCUACGAAGACAGCCCAUUCCAGCACUGGAGCCUGGCUGGCCACUGGGACUGCUCAGGACCAGGCUGAGUCUGACCUGCCUGCCCUCCAGGUGGGAGUCAGGGGUCUGAGUGGGGCGCCCCACCACUCUGUGGCCAGUCUGGGCAGGGCCAGUUCUGCGGAAGAGGUCUCCCUUGAGGGGCACCCGGGCUUGGUGCUGGACACCGAUACCUGCCUUUGGAGCUGCCCGAGGCCUGCUGCACACAAAGAGCCCUCUCCAGGAGCGCCCCACCGUGACAGCCAUGGGGCCUGGAGGGAGCCCAUGUGCCUUCUGCCCGAGCACCAAUUCACUCUCAGCCUCUCACUUCUUACACACCUGGGUCCGCCUGUCCCCCUCAGGCAUAUGGCUCUCCAAGCCCCUUGGAGUGUGCCCUGCCCAUGGCACCUGGCCUCCCAAGCCAGACUCUGGUGGGGGACAGUGUGAAGCUGGCACAGCCCUCCUCCGGGGCCUCUACCUGUCGGGCCCUCCUGGCCACCACAGCAGCCCAGCACCCUCCAUCGUAUGCUCCACUCCCUGCUGGCCAUGCCCUGGCCUGAGGUUCUCAGGCUCCUGGCCACAUCCUCGCUGCUCAAGAAGCUUUGGUCUGUCCACACCUGCUGCCCCACAGCCUGGUCCCACUCCACCCGCCCACCAUGGUGUCAGACCGCCCCCCGGACCUUCUCCGGAUCAUGUCCCCUGACCUCCCCACUGGACAGCACAGGCCCGAGAUGAUGCCUGCAGGUCCAGGUGUGAGGCAGCCGCAUCCACAGCCCACCGGGCUGAGCCCUCGCCUCGGUGCCCCAGCGCCUGGCUCAGGGUUGAAUGAGAAAGGCAGGACUGGACGUUCGGGGAAGAGGCCCCUCUAGGAGUGUCUGAAGCUGUGACUAGGCCCCUCCAGGCCCUGCCAAGUGGCUUCCUCCACCGGGAGUAUCCACCUUGAGGUGUCCUCCUGCCCUCCCAGGGCCCCCCAGAGCUGCUUCCUCAGAGAAGGAGGCCUCGACUCACACAGCCUCUUGGAGGCUGGGGCUCUGUCCAUCCCCAUGGAGAGAGUUUAAAAUAAACGCACGGGUCAGAA